ACCCUUUACCAACACUAAAAGAGGCGCAUUGUUUUGUGUUUAUGUGCCAAUUUAGCCGAUUCGGAAUUAUCUGUGGGAUUUCACCAUGUCGGUGGUGAUUGAGACCACUCUCGGCGACCUUACGGUCGACCUGUUCACUAGCGAGAGGCCCGUAGCCUGCAUGAACUUCCUGAAGCUGUGCCAGCUCAAGUACUACAACUUCAACCUAUUUCACACGGUCCAGCAAGGUUUCAUAGCGCAAACCGGCGAUCCCAGCGGUGCCGGCGAUGGCGGAUCCUCCAUUUGGGGAGUGGUGGAGGGGCCCCAUAAGCGGUUCUUCGAGGCGGAGUCUCUACCGCGGAUCUAUCACUCCUCGCCUGGAAUGCUGUCGCUGGUCAGUGCCGGCAAGAACUUGGUGGGCUCUCAGUUCUUCUUUACGCUGGGCGAGAGCCUCACUUCUUUGGACGGUGCCCACUGCGUGAUCGGAGAGGUUGUGGAGGGACACGAGGUGCUGCGAAAGCUAAACGAUGCUAUAGUGGACGACACUUUUCGGCCUUACCAGGACAUUCGCAUCACUCACACCGUCGUGCUGGAGGAUCCGUUUCCAAACCCACGCGGCCUGCAAGCCCCCAGUCGAUCUCCAUCGCCGAAUCCCGAACGCUUGAAGAACGGUCGCAUUGCGGCCGAUGAAGAUAUUGACGAUACUGGCGGCAAGACUCUGGAGGAGAUGCAGGAGAUGCUGGCGGAGCGAGAGGCCAAGGCUCGCGCCACCAUACUUGAGAUUGUGGGGGAUCUGCCGGAUGCGGACAUGGCACCACCAGAAAAUGUGCUCUUUGUGUGCAAACUGAACCCAGUUACCACGGACGACGAUCUGGAAAUUAUCUUUAGCCGAUUCGGUGUGGUUAAGGGCUGCGAGGUGAUCCGCGAUCGCAAGACCGGCGACUCCUUGCAGUAUGCCUUUGUGGAGUUUGAGGACCAGAAGUCUUGCGAGGCUGCCUACUUCAAAAUGGACAAUGUUUUAAUUGACGAUCGCCGCAUUCAUGUGGACUUCUCGCAAUCCGUGUCGAAGGUAACAUGGAGGGGCAAAGGACGUGGCGUUGUUGGAGCCGAUGGCAAGCUGGACUUUGACAAUUUGCGAGACAAUAACGACCGCAAAGAUUAUAACAAUGGCAGAGGAAGAUCGGAUAACCACAGAGAAUCCAAAAAGUAUGAAGAUCUAAGAAGUAGAAUGAGUUCGGCGGAGCGACGCAAGGCGAGGGAGCAGCGGCAUCGGGAUCAGAAGCAGCAGGAUGAUCGGAACAAUACCCGUAGGCGAUCAAGAUCCAGAGAUCGCCGACGAUCAUCGUCCAGAAACCCGAGGGAUUACAAUGAAAGAAGACAGAACUCUGAUCGGGAGCAGAGGAGUCGUCGUCGCUCUAGUUCUAGGAGUCGCAAUGACCGAAAACUGUCAUGGUCGAAAAAUAAUACAGAUAAAGGACGUUCCCGAUCAAAGGAUCGAACCGAAAGACGUCCUGGAUCCAAGGGUAGAACGGAGCAAAGGCCAUACCAAGCCAGAGAUCACCGUCCAGAUAGGUUUCCGCAGGACAGAAGACGACAAGAAAAUGAAGGCAGACAAGUCACCAGAAACCGGGAUAAGUCCCCGGAACCAAGACAUCAAGCUAGACGCCAUGAGUCCAGAGAUCGGGAAAACGGAAAAAAUUCAAAUCGAAACAGAAGCCCUGAACGGAAACGGCAGGCUUCGGACUCAGUGGAAAGGAGAAGCAAGAAGAAAUCAAAGCGAGCAGCCAGCAGCAGCUCGGAAUCCAGCGACAGUUCCUCGGAACCGGAUUCGACGUCCUCAGAUAGUUCUGAAGAUAGCUCCAGCAGUUCCUCCUCCUACGAACGCAGGAAGCGCAAAAAGUCAAAGAAGUCCAAGCAGAAAAAGUCAAAAUCCAGCAAACACAAAUCGAAAAAGAAGCAUCAUAGGAAAUAAAAAUAAACACCAUUCUGAAAUGGAUAAAACGAUUUUUACUAAAG